CGAGUUCGCCCUAAAACUCUCUCUGGCCCAGUUCCCUAGGUGCCGCUUCCAUGGCUUCUCCCUGCAGUUUCAGCUUGGUCACUAGGUCGUUUACCCUUUGAAGCAGCUCACCAUUCUCAUGGUUCCUUUGAUGUAUCUGUCUCCUCCGUCGCGGCUCCAUCCCCCGUCUUCUCCGUCGCAGCUCCGUCCUCCUCCCGAUCCGCCGCCGCCGCCGUGUACGCUUCUUCAUGUGCCGCUUGAAGCUCCGUCUCCACCAGAACCGCCAGAUCCACCUGACUCAUCCUCCAAUCCCGUGCUCCUUAAACUCUUCGACACAUCCUUAGCCUUCUCUCAAACGAUAUUUAAAUCUCUAGAUUUAGAAUCUCUUCUGUUGAAUCUGGAUUUUGGGAUCAGUGUUGAUGUUGUCUCUCUUGGGUAUGUUGGUGACACAAGCUUUGCCUCCAAGCGUUUACUUCUUGCAGUAUGCAGCUUGUCUCUUUGCCGGUGUGUUGAUUCAGGAUCUCACAAUUCUUUCUCCGGUAAAAUCAUAUACCUUCAGCUCCAGUUCAUUAAGCUUGUCAAGGUGUUUGUUGCUAUAACAGGGGGUUCCUUCCCCCAUUCUCUCCUACUAAACCAGGGUUUUUCUCAGAAAUCCUUGAGCUUGUUCUUCAGUAAUGGGUUGAUAUCUUUGGUUUGGCAUAUUCCUUUCGUGUGUCCUUUUACUGUGUUAUACAGUUCUACCUUUGUGGUAUUCAAGUCCUUUUGUGUUCAGCUAUGGCAGCUUAAUGGAUUAAUGUUUCACAUUUCCAUUCAUCCCGUGGAUCGGGUCUUAUCGGACGUCUAUUAUUAUUCAGGUUCCUUAUUUAUGGAGCUUGUUUCUCUCCCAAUUUCAUCAACUACUUUAUGUGGUUUUGGUGCAGGGAGUUUAAUGUUAAAGAUUAGAGAUACUUCAAAUACUGAAGUUCUAAUCAAAGGCUGUUUAGCCAUGUUAAAGAUUGUUAAUUGUGCACUUGCUGCUGUUUCAAUCUCGGGAAGCAUAUCACUCUCUGUGGUCUCUAAUUCCCAAGGCUUCGUCUCACUUGUCAGCUGUAUGGUCGUUGAGUUCAGAGGACUUCUCUACAUCAUUAGUUGUUUAAGUGUGGUGUUUGCCCCUAUCUUUAUGUGCUGUAUUUGUUUCCAUGUAAUAGUUGUUUCUUUGGCCAAGAUGGCUAUGUUAUCAGGUUCUGUAAACACUUUCUCCAUUCUUGGAGAAUAAGAAUCUAUAAAUUGAAGUUUGUCCAAA